UAACCCCGAGCUAACGGUCCCAGCUGUCUGGGCGAGAAGAUGGAGAACACAACAGAGUGAGAGGCUCGCGAGGCUCACGUUACACUUCCUUUACGGGACGAGGGGCUAAGUUUAACCUCUGAGCCGAGAAGGGCGGACCGUUAUAUACUGAGUUUAUGUACUGAGCUGAGUUUAUGUACUGUAAACUGAGUUUAUACACUGAGCUGAGCUGAACUCCUGAGCCAAGCUGAGUUUAUACACUGAGACAAUCUUGAGUUCAUAUACUGAGUAGAGUUUAACUCCUGAGGCAAGCUGAGUUUAUAUACUGAGCCAAUCUAGGAUUAUUUACCGAGCCAAACUGAGUUUCAUGUCCUGAGCCGAGCCCAGUUUAUACACUGAGCUUCGAUGUCUCGGCUCUUGUUCACAACGUUAUGACAAACUUGGUCUAUAAAUCUGCCGUUGGUUGGUUGUUCUGGCCCUUCAGCUGAUGAUGUCACGGUACCAGAACACCGGUAGAGUCCUACAGCGUCGGCUUUGAUCAGUAUACUACAAAAGAAACACUUCUCACGGUCCAAGAUGACGACUUCAUGGAGUGACCGUCUGCAGAAGUAUGCCGACAUACCAGCCAACAUGGACGGCGUGGCCAUGAAGAAGUAUCGACGUGAGGCUCACCACAGAGUGUUUGUCAACCGAAGCUUGGCCAUGGAGAAGAUCAAGUGUUUUGGAUUCGAUAUGGAUUACACCCUGGCAGUGUAUAAAUCUCCCGAGUACGAGUCCAUGGGCUUCGGCUUGACGGUGGAGCGCCUGGUGUCCAUCGGUUAUCCGCAAGAGCUGCUCAACUUUGUCUACGACCCCUCCUUCCCCACCAGAGGUCUGGUGUUCGACACGAUGUACGGCAACCUGCUCAAAGUGGAUGCCUACGGGAACAUCCUGGUGUGUGUGCACGGAUUCAACUUUGUGAGGGGACCGGACCGAGAGAUGUACCCCAACAAGUUCAUUCAGCGUGGAGACACGGAGCGCUUCUACAUCCUCAACACCCUCUUCAACCUGCCGGAGACAUACCUCUUUGCUUGCCUGGUGGAUUUCUUCAGUAACUGCUCCAGAUACUCGAGCUGUGAGGCCGGCUUCAAAGACGGCGACUUCUUCAUGUCCUUUAAGAGCAUGUUCCAGGACGUCCGAGACGCCGUGGACUGGAUUCACUUCAAGGGGUCCUUAAAAGAAAAGACUGUUGAAAACCUGGAGAAGUAUGUGGUAAAGGAUCCAAAGCUUCCUCUUCUGCUCAGCCGCAUGAACGAAGUAGCCAAAGUGUUCCUGGCCACCAACAGCGACUUCAAAUACACAGAGAAAAUAAUGACCUACCUGUUUGACUUUCCUCACGGCCCCAAGCCGGGUACACCCCACCGGCCGUGGAAGUCGUACUUCGACCUGAUCCUGGUGGACGCUCGCAAGCCCGUGUUCUUUGGCGAGGGAACGGUGCUGCGGCAGGUCGACACGGUCACGGGUCGGCUGAAGAUCGGCACGUACACGGGAUCCCUCCAGCACGGGAUCGUUUACUCCGGAGGCUCCUCAGACAUCGUGUGCGACCUGCUGGGCGCUAAAGGAAAGGACAUCAUCUACAUCGGAGACCACAUUUUCGGCGACAUCCUCAAAUCCAAGAAGCGGCAGGGCUGGAGGACGUUCCUGGUGAUCCCCGAGCUCGCCCAGGAGCUGCACGUGUGGACCGACAAGAGCUCUAUAUUUGAGGAGCUCCAGUCUCUGGAAUGCUUGCUGGCGGAGCUUUACAAGAAUCUGGACAGCAGCAGCAACGAGAGGCCCGACAUCAGCUCACUGCAGAGACGCAUCAAGAAAGUGACCCAUGACAUGGACAUGUGCUACGGCAUGAUGGGAAGCCUGUUCCGCAGCGGCUCCCGGCAGACGCUGUUCGCCUCCCAGGUGAUGCGCUACGCCGACCUGUACGCCGCCUCCUUCAUCAACCUGCUGUACUACCCCUUCAGCUAUCUGUUCAGAGCCGCACACGUGCUGAUGCCCCACGAGUCGACGGUGGAGCACGCCCACGUGCGCGUCAUCGACACCGAGUCGCCGCUGGCCACGCGCAACCGCCACGACGUGGACCUCAAGGAGACGGAGGGCAAGCGGCUCCAGCUGACGCGCUCCGUCAGCGAGAUCCAGCCCGCCCAGUUCUUCCCCCAGGCGCCGCAGGAGAUCACGCACUGCCACGACGAGGACGACGACGAGGAGGAGGAGGAGGAGGAGGAGGGGGCGGGGGGGUGGUGUAGAUGAGGCCUGCCGUCACGUUCAGUUCAUCCUGUUUUUUUCUUUUUAUGUUUUACGCUGAUGUUUAUUUUUCUUUCUUUUUGUUUCUUAAAUCCAGACUGGUCGUCCCGUCCGCCUGCUGAUUGGUUGAUUUAUUUUCUUUAUUUUUUCAUUUAGAAGAAUCGUUUAGCUUCGCCCGUCUAAAAGGGACGCGUCGCCCUGAAACUCUGCCCCCCCCCCCCCCCCCCCGUUCAGACGGCCCCAUCUGCCAUUUUUUUGGGAACAUAUUCUUUUUUUUUUCAUUCUGUCGUGUCAUUUUUGUCUUUUUGUUUUUGGAACGACAACAAAUACGUAGAGACGGAACAGUUCGGCGUUCACGACAUAUUUCUGGUGGUCCAUUUUUUUAAAUGUCUGGAUCCUCCGACGAGCUUUCAUCUUCCUCCCUGGUUAUUGAAAUGUAAUUGUGGGAAACGUAGGAACUAAAUAACGGCACGCUGGAGGGCGGCUCUUUACUUGAAGGAACCUUUUGAAACGGUUCGACUCCUCAGGAGUAGCUCGCAAUGCUGAGGGGAAGUCGACAGGAAGUGACCGGGAAGCGACUCGCAGCUCUUAACCCAGUGCCUCCCCCUCUCCGUGUCGUCAUAUCGGUGAAGACGAGCGGCCUCUCGUCCUGAAGUGCUCACUGUCAUAUAAAGUUUUGUCUGCAUUACAUGUUUUUAGAAAAAACUGAUGUUGAUAUGACGCCGUCUUCGUCUCGCUCUGAGGGGACGCCGCCACGAGGGCCUGAGAGGUUUUGUUAGUGUAUUUUGAAUCGAGUGGUGGAUUGUUUUCAUCUGAGGGACGACGGAAAGAGAGAGAGAGAGAGCAACACGAGGGUGAGCGAUUCAACGAGAGACGAUGAAGUUCCCCCUGAUUACAGCCACACACACACAUGCAUACAUACAAACAUACACACACGCAUACAUACAAAUACAUACACAAACUCUUACACAAAUACACACACACACAAACUUACACUCAUAGUCAUACACAAACUCACACACGCACACAAACACUCACACACACUUAUACAAUCACUCACAAUCACAUGCACAAACACACACUUACAUACACAUGCAUAUACAAACUCACACACACUCACACAAACUCUUAUACUCAGUCACACACACACACCUACACUCACGUGCACAAACUCACAAGCACACACUCACUAAAACAAACACAUAAACACUCACUCUCCUACACUCACACACAGACUCACUCUCUUACACUCAUAGGCACAAACACUCUAACACACACUUACACACCCACACUCACCAAAUACACGCACACUCUCUCAUACACACACACACACGCACAGGUGGAGAGGGACUUUGCUCUCCGCUCGGGUAUCAAACGGUUGUUUGUGUUCAUCUUGAUUUCGUGCCUGAAUGUCGCGUACUGUUCCUUUAAGCGAACGGUUCAAAUUACGACACAAUAAAUUGUAAUAAUGCGUCAAAAUGACUUUAAUCGUACGAAUCGCGGCCGUCUCCGUGACGACGGUGCAAUAAUUAGUUUAGUAAUCCAAAUGCAGUGUGAUCAUGCGUGCUGUUACUGCCUUGCUCUGCUGGAGUGAUCAAAGUAUUGAUCCAUCAUGUUAUUGAUCCCGCCGACGGUUGAUCGGUCGAGCGUGGGUCGGUUGCUCGGGUCAUUAUGGGAUGUCGGGAGCUGCAGCAGACCGCUGCUGUAAACCGACGCCCUCGAGUGGAAAGCGAACCAAAUGAAUGUUUUUCUCGGUUUCGGAGACGGUUGAAAGCAGCAACGCUGCAGUCGAGACGCUUUGAGUUGCGACCGAUGUUUGUAAUAAAUGUUACGGCUGGA